AUGAAAUACAGGGAAGUAGUUAAGAGAAGUCUAUGGGAAGCGAACGAAGACGAAGGUGAUGGCGGNNNGCCCGCCCCCGCGCAGUGCGUGCGCAAGCUGACGCCCAUGGUGGACGCCAGCCCCAUGGCCUCGCGCACGCGCAGCCACCCGGGCGAGCUGGCCUUCGAGGUGCUGGACGACGCCGAGGAGGAGGACGAGGACAAGGGCGACGACGAGGACGACGCGGAGGUGCAGCGCCUCACCGCCGCGCGCGCGCCGCCCCCGCAGCUCCCCGCGCACGGUGAGUCGCCGGCCUCCUGA